GAUUUUUCCACAUAAAUAAGGGCAAAAAUGGGGAAGAAGCACAAGAAACACAGACCCGAGUGGAGAAAGGUUGAAGGAGACUACGAGGACAAACCCCUGGAUAAACCCCUGAAGCUGGUGCUCAAGGUGGGCGGCAGUGAAGUGACCGAGCUCUCCGGAUCCGGACACGACUCCAGUUACUAUGACGACCGCUCUGACCACGAGUGGGAGAGGCACAAAGAGAAGAAAAAGAAGAAGAAGAAGAAAUCGGAGAAAGAGAAAUACGUAGAUGAUGAGGGUAGGAGGAGGAGGAAGGAGGAGAAAAAGAAAAAGCGUGAGAGAGAGCAGUCAGAAAACGCUGCCAGUGCACCAGUGGAGCCGUUCACCCUGCCGAAGCCCGUGGAGGUGCUUCCAGAGGAGAAGAAGCGGAAGCGGGACAAAUUCGAAUCGGAAUCAGAAGCAGAUGAAUUUCUUCCUGGAGUGAAAGUAGAAGUGGAGCAGCAGGCGGAUCGGCCCGUACGAGCCUGUCGAACUCAACAAGAAAACGAAUGCACCCCUCGCCAGCAGCUCUUGGAGCAUUUCUUGCGUUUGCUUCAAAGGAAAGAUGCACACGGAUUCUUCGCCUUCCCGGUGACAGACGCCAUUGCUCCAGGAUACUCCAUGAUAAUCAAACAUCCCAUGGACUUCAGCACAAUGAAGGACAAAAUCGAUGCAAACGAAUACAAAACUAUCACAGAAUUCAAGGCAGACUUCAAGCUGAUGUGUGACAACGCCAUGGUUUAUAACCGACCGGAGACGGUUUACUACAAGGCCGCUAAGAAACUUCUCCACACAGGAUUCAAAAUGAUGAGCAAAGAGCGGCUGUUAGCUUUGAAGCGCAGCAUGACGUUUAUGCAGGACAUGGAUUUCUCUCAGCAGGCUGCCAUUUUGGGAGAUGACCACAUCACGGCUAAGGAACCGGUGACGGAGAUCCUGCCGAUCCACACGGAGUACCCCAAAAAGUCCAAGAAGCAGCCUGUAAAAGAGCCUAUCAUCAGUGAUCUGUAUGAGCUGGAGGGCAACGCCUGCAGUUUGACGGACAGCACGGCGGAGGAGCAUGUGUUGGCGCUGGUGGAGCACGCGGCGGAUGAAGCGCGGGAUCGAAUCAAUAGUUUCAUGCCGAACUCUAAGGUGCAGCCGAGCUGUAACCUAAUGUUUCUUACACUCACAAAGUUUUGCACAAAGUUUAUCCAGAAGGAAGAGACUCAUCCUAUAGAUUUGAGCACUUUGGCAAAUAAGCUCAUACCUGGACUGACGUCGCUGGGUUUUAAAGACGACAGGAGGCACAAAGUGACGUUCUUGAGCAGCGCGUACAACACUCAGACCCUUCAGAACAACUCCGUCUAUCCUGACCUGCUUCCAGAGGAGAUGGACAUGCUGUACUCGGCUUACGGAGACGAGACUGGGGUCCAGUGUGCUCUCAGUCUGCAGGAGUUUGUCAAGGGUUGUGGGAGUUUUACCAAAAGGCUUGUGGGUGAUUUGCUGGAUAAAAUGACGGCUGGCGAUCAUUCGAAAGCCAUCAUCCAAAUCCGACAGAACAGAAACUUGCCGAUUGAUGACACUAAAUCUAGUUUAUGUGACAUGCCGGGAACAGAUGGAAGUGGCAUGGAAUCUGGUUCAGUGCUGGAUUUCAUGUCCAUGAAGAGCUACCCAGACAUGUCUCUAGAUAUGCUCAACACAUUAGGUAAAUGUGUGAAGAAGGAGCCGGAGCAUGAAGACGGUCAUCAGCACUUUGACGAUGCAGCUAGACUCCUGCAGGAGUUCCAGGACGCAGCGGUGGACCGAGUCGGAUCCCGACCCUCCUCCAAUCUCUCGUCCCUGUCAAACACUUCAGAGAGGGAUCACCACCAUUUAGGAAGUUCACCUCAUCUGGGUGUUGGAGAUCAGACAGAGAUGGUUCAGGACCCGUAUGAGUUUCUUCAGUCUCCAGAGCCUGGAUCCACCGCUAACAGCUGAUGUGACACUCAGACCGACACGCUGUAAUUAUGUGCUGUUCUAAAGGCUUGUACAGAUUCACUGCAUCACGUGCUUGUUUUUAAAUAAAAGGUCUGUGUCUGAUUCCCUU